AUGAAGAAGAAGUCGGGUGCAUCCAACUACAUGUGCAUUGCACCCAUCUUUAACUCCUGCGUCCCCUCCGGUAAACAGCAGCCGUCAAACGACGCCGGCAAGAACCGCCGGACCUUCUCUUUCCCGGAAAGCCUCACCGGGGGCAAGGACCAGCGCCAGCAGCAGCCGGAGGAGCAGAACUCCGAGAGCAUCAUCGAUCCCGCCGCCUCGAUCAUCACCAGGAAGGACGGCCGGCACUGCACCGUGAUCGUGGGCACCAUCUUCGGCCCCCGCACCGGCCGCGUCACCUUCUGCGUACAGCGCGAUGCCGCCGUGCCGCCCCCCUUCCUCUUCGAGCUCUCCGUCCCGAUGCAGUCCCUCGCUGCCGAGAUGGGCUCCGGUCUCCUCCGCAUCGCGCUCGAGUGCCACCGCCCCAGCAGCAAAACCCACGAUGUUCGCAGCGGCGCCAACACCAACGCUACCAUGGGCGGCAGCUCGGGCCGGAACAUAUGGAAGGCAUCCUGCAACGGGCGUGACGUGGGGUACGCCAUGCGGCGGCGACCGACGGACUGGGACCGGCACGUGCUGGAGACCAUGCGGACGAUGACAACGGGCGUCGGUGUGCUCCCGUCCGCGGUGGCGCUGGAAGGGGCCAACGAGGGAGAGCAGCAGGACGGCGGCGGUGGCGAGUUGGAGGUGAUGUACAUGCGGGCGACGUACGAGAGGAUCAUAGGCUCCAGAGACGCCGUGUCGUACCACCUCAUCAGUCCCGGCACCACCGGCGGUAGCCCACCUCAGGAGCUCAGCGUCUUCUUGCUGCGGACCAGAGACCGACGAACUAGGUAG